AUGCCAGCCAUUCCCAACUUGGCGUCGGGAAGCGCAAACCCUGCGACGUCGGCGUCCGCCCUCUGGGCUUACAUCAAGCCCGCACUCGAUCACAUCGUAAAGUCGCCUUCAAAUGACCCCAAUGGCAAGGCUCCAGCAAUCGACGUCGUUCUUUAUUCGGGGAUACACUCUGCUUGCUACAACUAUUUCACUGCCCAGAGUGAGGCUGCAUCUGUAGGAGCUUCUAGUCGUGGCAAAGCACCAGCAAACGGAUCGGACAUAUAUGAGAACCUGGACAGAUACUUCCAGGAAGUCUGUCAGGAAAUCGCCCUUGGGGUCCCCGAUGACGAUUCCACCCUCGUUCACUAUCUCAUCCCGGCGUUCAACCGGUUUAGUGCAGGCGCCCAGUCCGCGAACAGGCUGCUCAACUACAUCAAUCGACACUACGUGAAGAGGGCUGUAGAUGAAGACCGGGGAUGGCUGCGACUUAACGAUGUCCUUGAAUCCGUGGUCAAGAAUAUCACCAUUGAAGAUACCCGGGAAAAGAUAUCCACUCGAUUAAAAGAAAAGAGGGCAGAAGAACUGAAGAAAUGGGGUUAUUCAGAGGGGGAUUCAGGCGAGCGCCUCGCAUACGCAGAAGCUUGCUCAGAGGCAGCCAGCGGCCCUGACCGAAUCGUUCCAGUGGUGUCCCUAGCCCACCGCCGAUUCAGAAUCGAGGUGUUCGAACCACUCCUACUGGCUCCAAAGACAAAGGGCACCUCCAAGGCAAAACACCGAAUCCCAAAAGCCGUCAGCACCGCAGCACCGUAUCGUCCAAAGGGUCGAUUGGCCCGAGCUGUCCAGGCAGUCAUGACCGCCGAUGACAUUGAAGAAUCGGAACGACUUCAGCUUAUAACAAGACUUGGACACGCCCUUCAGACCGUUGGAGUGCGGCCAGACCAUGCGCUCCGGAAACGAAUAGAUAAGUAUAUUGCUAGCCCGGAAUCACGACCACAAAAAAGGAACGGGUCCGAGUCAUCGUGA